CUCACAGAAUGGAUUCCCAGCGGGAGCUUGCAGAGGAACUCCGGCUUUACCAAUCCACCCUUCUUCAGGAUGGUCUAAAAGAUCUCCUGGAAGAGAAAAAAUUCAUCGAUUGCACCUUAAAAGCAGGUGACAAAAGUCUUCCUUGCCACAGACUGAUACUGUCUGCUUGUAGUCCUUACUUCCGUGAGUAUUUUUUGUCUGAAAUUGAGGAGGAGAAAAAAAAGGAGGUAGUGCUAGAUAACGUGGAUCCUGCUAUCCUGGAUUUGAUCAUCAAAUAUCUGUACUCUGCCAGUAUCGAUCUCAAUGACGGAAAUGUGCAAGACAUCUUCGCCCUGUCCAGCCGCUUCCAGAUCCCCUCAGUCUUCACCGUCUGUGUGUCUUACCUUCAGAAAAGACUGGCUCCCGGCAACUGUCUGGCCAUCCUAAGAUUGGGGCUGCUUCUCGACUGCCCGAGACUCGCCAUUUCUGCCCGGGAGUUUGUGUCAGAUCGUUUUGUGCAGAUUUGUAAGGAGGAAGACUUCAUGCAGCUGUCUCCGCAGGAACUGAUCUCGGUCAUUUCAAAUGACAGUCUCAAUGUAGAAAAGGAGGAAGUAGUGUUUGAGGCCGUGAUGAAAUGGGUUCGGACAGACAAAGAAAACAGGGCGAAAAGUCUCAGUGAAGUGUUUGAUUGUAUUCGUUUUCGCCUUAUGGCAGAAAAAUACUUCAAAGAUCAUGUCGAGAAGGAUGACAUAAUUAAAGGCAACCCAGAAGUCCAGAAAAAAAUCAAAGUUCUAAAAGAUGCUUUCGCAGGCAAACUCCCGGAACCUAGCAAAAAUGCGGAGAAGGCAGGGACAGGCGAGGUGAACGGCGAUGUUGGUGACGAAGACUUGCUUCCUGGUUACCUGAAUGAUAUUCCCAGACACGGCAUGUUCGUUAAAGAUCUCAUCCUCUUGGUCAACGACACAGCUGCUGUGGCUUACGACCCCACGGAAAACGAGUGUUACCUUACAGCCCUAGCAGAGCAGAUCCCCAGAAAUCAUUCCAGUAUUGUUACCCAACAAAAUCAGGUCUACGUGGUGGGAGGACUGUAUGUGGAUGAAGAAAAUAAAGAUCAGCCCUUACAGUCAUACUUCUUCCAGCUUGAUAGCAUAACAUCUGAGUGGGUCGGACUUCCACCUCUACCAUCAGCCAGGUGUCUCUUUGGUCUGGGAGAGGUGGAUGACAAAAUCUAUGUGGUUGCCGGCAAAGACCUUCAGACAGAGGCUUCCCUAGACUCCGUCUUAUGCUAUGAUCCUGUGGCUGCAAAAUGGAGUGAAGUGAAAAAUCUUCCUAUUAAAGUUUAUGGCCAUAAUGUGAUCUCACAUAAUGGGAUGAUAUACUGUCUAGGUGGGAAGACAGAUGACAAAAAGUGUACAAACAGGGUGUUUAUCUAUAACCCAAAAAAGGGAGACUGGAAAGAUCUGGCUCCGAUGAAGACCCCUCGUUCCAUGUUUGGAGUGGCGAUCCAUAAAGGCAAAAUUGUAAUCGCGGGAGGGGUCACCGAGGACGGUCUUUCAGCAUCGGUUGAAGCGUUCGACCUCAAGACCAAUAAAUGGGAAGUGAUGACAGAAUUUCCUCAAGAAAGAAGCUCCAUCAGUCUCGUGAGCCUGGCUGGAUCCCUGUAUGCCAUCGGCGGUUUCGCGAUGGUUCAACUGGAAUCCAAAGAGUUUGCGCCCACUGAAGUCAAUGACAUAUGGAAGUAUGAAGAUGAUAAAAAAGAAUGGGCUGGGAUGUUGAAGGAAAUACGUUACGCUUCUGGAGCUAGUUGCCUAGCAACACGCUUAAAUCUGUUCAAACUGUCUAAACUAUAAACAAGGUCACAAAAACAA